AUGAAGAGUCCGAUUGAGGUUACGUGCAUCGUUUGUCAAUUACGAUUCUGUUGUGCGGAUUGCCGCUGGAAGCACGAGCAAAGAGCUCAUGGGCUAACCUAUGAUUGUCCCCUUUGCCGUGGCAACCCCUUCCUCUGUCAUCCCCAAUACCUUAACCAAGACUUCAUUGAACACCUUACAACCCACCUUCCGCUCCGGUGCAGAAAGUGCCAACAAACAUACACUACAAUGCAAGACUUCCAAGAUCUAGACAAGUGUACUACUAUAUCUGAAUUGUGUAGUUUCAAAAGAGAUGAUGUUGAAGAAAAGUUUGAUUCUAUUUACGAGAAAAUGCGAAAUGAUACCGAUAAUUUUGAGGCGAUUGUAUCUGUUAAUAAAUCAAGCAAAACUGCAGUGAUUACGCCAAUACUAAGAAAGACCCACAUUGUAGAAUACGAUUCUAGUGAGGACGAUAGUAUAGAAGGUAAUAAAACGCCUCAUGCGAAUUUAGCCCCUAAAACACCAAAGGUUGAUAAGCAAAAUACCCCGCAUAUUAAGAAAUUGAGACAAACGCCACAUGUCAAGAAGUGGAUGCUGAGGCAGGCUGCUUUCGAUGAAGAUGAAGAGACUUUGAAUGAUGCUUCGCUCAAUAUGAAUCCUAAAACACCAACGCCUUCCAGAAAUGAUGAAUUGGAAGUUCCAGAAGCGAGCCAGCAGGUAACGACGCCGACUACACAUCUUCCACACGUUUUAAAAUUGGCACAGAUUGUUACCACUAGUACUCCAACUAACCCAGCAACAGAAGGCUGGCUUCGUUUUCCUGAUACUGCAAAUGAUUCUCCACUAUCAGAAAUUGAGACUGCUGAUAGUCCAUCACAAAAGCCAAUGGAAAUGCCAAAACUGAAAGGUAUUAUCGUAGACAGUCGUAGAGGAAGUCAAGAGAGUACAGAAAAGCAGGUCACUUUUCAGGAUUCUAAUGAUUCUUCAGUCAAGAAAAAGGUCACAUUCGCUGAUGGAACUGUGUUCAACCAAGACGCUCCUAAUAUUAAGCGGGUUUAUCGCAAGCCAAAACGAAUGUUAACUCCAGGCCCACAAAAACCGAAAAGAACUAUCACCAAUCCGCGAUUUCAAGCACUUCUUAAUAGGUUUGAGAACAGAGUGGCGACGAUUACGCAAACCCCACUCAACAAAAUAGAGAAGAGCCAGGAAACACCACAGGCUGAACAUAGCGUUCUCGCUCGAGCUAUAAGUUUCAAAGAUAGCCCAGGCCUUGAAAACACGAAAGAUUCGGACUUGUUUAGUUCGUGCGUGGAUUCUGAACCAAAUAAUGCAAUAACGAUGCUCACAGCAAACAUCGCAGGAUCGCUACAGAAAUGCCUCACAUCACUUAUCAGAACCCAAGAGGACGAUACAGAAAUACAAUUUAAAUUUACAGUAACGAAGAAAAAGGUGAGCGUGCAAAGGAUGGCGAAUGAUGGUAGUGAAAAUUUUAACGAGAUAGACAGAGACGCUAUCGUCGAAAAGGAAAACAUUUGGUCGACUGUCACUAAGGUCGUGAAAAAGGUGUUUUGGGGCGACAAAGAAACACCACACCGAUCCUAUUGUCACGAUUCCACAUCCUCAUCGACUUCUAAACGCAAGUACGAAGACAUAUCUGACGACAGUCCGCUGAAUCACAAACGUCGAAAGUUCGAAGGGAGGCUCCGUGGAAGGCCACCAAUAAGACCCAAUCUGGACAUGGUGGGCUUAAGAACACACUCAGCGGAGAAUUCGUCGUUGCUAAAACAGUUUUCGUUCCCGGAAGAAAGUUUGAACCAAAGCUUUUAA